AUGGAUCGCGCACUCGAUGAGAUCGUCGCCGAACGCCAGCUAAUACAGCGUAGAGAGGUGGUGGCCGUUCCCGUGGAGGACGCCGUGGAGGCCCCAGAAACGUACGCAGUGAACGCAACGACUAUCCUCGUGAUGGCAGAAUGGGUUCACGAUAAGUUUGACAACGAUACCGGACGCCGACCAAAUCGCCCUGAUAGAAGAUACACGCCGGACCCUGUCUAUGAUGCUGUGUCUUCUAAGCUUCGGGUUGAAAAUCUACACUACGAUUUGUUGGAGGAGGACUUGGAGGAUCUAUUCAACACCAUCGGUCCCGUCAUAAAUCUUACGCUCACCUACGACCGUGCUGGCCGUUCAGAAGGUGUCGCAUAUGUCACCUACGAAACCGCAUCCGAUGCCAAGAAGGCAAUCCGGGAGUUUGACGGAGCGAACGCAAAGGGACAGCCCAUACGUUUGAUCCCAGUCCCGUCAGGCCCCUCCAGUCGGCGAGGACCCCCACCACAGUCCCGCUCUCUGUUCGAACGCAUGGGUGCGCCAAAGAGAUCCCGCUCUGAUUCUCCAAUCCGCCAUUCUGAUGUCAGACGUCCCCCGCCCAGCAACGUAGAUCGCUACGUUCCUGGAGGUACUCGCAGCCGCUCCCGCAGUCCUCGCCCCCGCAGAAGAGAUGGUCGACGACCCGGUGCCAGACGUGAGAGAGGAGAGAGAACUGGAGCAGUUCGUGGUGGUGGAGAGCGUCUUGCCCGUGAUGGAAGGCCCAAGAAAACUCAGGAGGAGCUCGAUGCAGAGAUGGAGGACUACUUUGGUGGAGGAUCGAAGGAUAACGUAGAUCCUGGACCAGCUGCUGCCGCCACUACGGGUGAUGACAUCGAUAUGAUUGAAUAG